GGAUAUCCCAUGGCCAAAAGGCCUUCUGCCCAUGCUGAACCUGUGGCUGCAGAGAUCCUCAUCCUCCUAGCAGGACUGUGUGCUUCAGGUCCUGCCCCAGUAAGACUUGUAAAUGGCCCUGAUUCUUGUACUGGUCGGCUGGAGGUGUUUUACAAUGGUAUCUGGGGGACAGUGUGUGAUGAUCGCUGGGACCUAGCUGGAGCCCGCGUGGUAUGCAGGCAACUGGGCUGUGGGAUGGCACUGUUGGCCUUUGGCGGUGCUCGGUACGGACGAGGAGAAGACCCCAUCUGGCUGGACAACGUGCACUGUGUGGGGACAGAAAUUGCUCUUUCCGAAUGUGAGGCCCAACCCUGGGGAGUCCACAAUUGUGGGCAUGGAGAAGACGUCAGCGUUGUGUGCUCAGGGACACCCAAUCCAGAUGCAGUCCUGAUCAGGCUGGUGAAUGGCUCGGGCCUCUGCUCUGGCAGAGUCGAGGUCUUUCAUGAGCAAGAGUGGGGCACAGUGUGUGAUGACAACUGGGACCUGGCGGAUGCUGAGGUGGCAUGCAGAGAGCUGGGUUGUGGCUCAGCAUUGUCAGCUCCAACGGGAGCUCACUUUGGGAAAGGCUCUGGCCACAUCUGGCUGGAUGAAGUGAGCUGUGCUGGAAUGGAGCCUACCCUUUCCCUGUGCCAGGCCAGUUCCUGGGGAAAUCAUAACUGCAACCAUGGAGAAGAUGCUAGUGUUGAAUGCUCAGAACCAACUCAGCUCCGGUUGGUGAAUGGCUCCAGUCGCUGCUCAGGGAGAGUUGAGGUUCACCACAACCAGCAGUGGGGAACUGUGUGUGAUGACAACUGGGGCCUCAGUGAUGCAGAAGUGGUUUGCAGGCAACUGGGAUGCGGGAUGGCCAUAUCAGCCCCUGGCCAUGCUCAGUUUGGGCAAGGACAUGAUCCCAUCUGGCUGGAUGAGGUGAACUGCACAGGGACAGAAGGUACCAUCACUGAAUGUGGUUUGCAGUCCUGGGGAGCCCAUAACUGUGACCAUGCAGAAGAUGCCGGUGUUGCAUGCUCGGGUAAGUCUAAACCCACAGAGUUACGACUGGUGAACGGCUCAAAUCGGUGUGCUGGACGAGUGGAGGUGCUUCACCAAGAGCAGUGGGGAACAGUGUGUGAUAAUGGAUGGGACUUGAAAGAUGCUGAAGUGGUGUGCAGGCAGCUGGGCUGUGGUGCUCCCAUCUCUGCUCCAGGCUGGGCUAGAUUUGGCAGAGGCUAUGACCCCAUCUGGCUGGAGAAAGUGAGUUGCACUGGGACAGAGUCUGCCCUUACCGAAUGCAAAGCCAAACCAUGGGGAGUCCACCACUGCCAUCAUGGGGAAGACGCCAGUGUAGUCUGCUCAGACCCAAUGGCUCUUCGUCUGGUGAAUGGCCCAAGUCGCUGUGCAGGGAGACUUGAAGUGUUUCAUCAGCACGAGUGGGGGACAGUAUGUGACGAUGAAUGGGGAAUAAGCGAUGCAGAAGUGGUGUGUCGGCAGCUGGGCUGUGGGGCAGCUGUCUCAGCUCCUGGCUGGUCUCACUUUGGGCGAGGUCAUGGCCAAAUCUGGCUGGAUGAGGUGAACUGCACAGGGACCGAAGCUGCCCUCUCUGAAUGCAGAGCCAAGGCUAAAGGAGUCCAUAAUUGCCACCACAGAGAAGAUGCUGGUGUGGUGUGCUCAGACCCAACUGAAGUCCGACUGGUGAAUGGCUCAAACCGCUGCUCUGGAAGAGUUGAGGUGCUGCAUAACCAGCAAUGGGGAAGUGUAUGUGAUGACAGCUGGGACUUGGAUGAUGCAGAAGUGGUAUGCCGGCAGCUGGGCUGUGGGACAGCCAUAUCUGCUCCACCUAAAGCUCAGUUUGGGCUGGGAUAUGAACCCAUCUGGCUGGAUGAUGUGAACUGCACAGGCUCAGAGGCGUCCCUCUCCGAGUGUGGGGCCAGGCCAUGGGGAGAGAGUAACUGUAACCACAGAGAAGAUGCCAGUGUGGUGUGCAUAGGACCAGCUCAGCUCCGUCUGGUGAAUGGGUCCAACCGCUGCUCUGGGAGAGUUGAGGUGCUUCAUAACCAGCAAUGGGGAACUGUAUGUGAUGAUCACUGGGACCUGAGCGAUGCAGAAGCUGUGUGCGUUGUGUGCCGGCAGCUGGGCUGUGGGAUGGCUCUAUCAGCUCCAGGCUCAGCCCAGUUUGGUCAAGGGACAGACCAUAUCUGGAUGGAUGAUGUUGAGUGCACAGGGACAGAAUCCAUCCUCUCUGAAUGCAGGUCCAAGAUUGGAGAACCAGCUGUUUGCCACCAUGAGAAAGAUGCUGGUGUUGUGUGCUCAGAACCCACAGCACUGCGGCUGGUGAACGGCUCAAAUCUCUGUGCUGGGAGAGUCGAAGUGCAUCAUAAGGGGCUUUGGGGAACUGUGUGUGAUGAUGACUGGGACAUACAGGAUGCUGCAGUGGUGUGCCAUCAGCUGGGCUGUGGAACGGCAAUCCUGGCCCCUGGAAAAGCUCGGUUUGGUCAAGGACAGAAGGCCAUCUGGCUGGACAACGUGAACUGCACAGGGAGGGAAGGCACCCUCUCAGAAUGCCAGGCCAGGCCAUGGGGGCAACACAACUGCAACCACGGAGAAGAUGCUGGUGUAGUGUGCUCAGGUCCUGUUAUGUUGCAGUCUUCACAGCCUCUUCCACUGCUCCCUUUGCUUGUCUCAAUCAUGGCACCAGUCUUGAUGCUACUUUGUGGGAUCAUUGUUUAUCAGAAGAGAAGAAGAAUACAAAGCAGGGUUUUUAAUUCCGCUCCAG